AUGGCCAGUGAGAAGCCAGGGUUGAAGGCGCAGUCGAGAGAUCGCGGUCUCGACCUUGACCUAGCGCUUGCGCUAUUCCGCAUGCAGCCGACGCCUGUGGAACAACUGGCGCGACGGCGAGAAGGGUUGGACAGCGACGGCAGAGGAGGAUGCGGGUACGGGUUGCUCCUGGCGCCUCGUGGUUCCAGCUAAUGAAUGGAGUCGGCGCCUAUAUCGAAAUCUGCUAGGGCAAGCGGCCAAAUUUGGAGGCCGGAAGGGCAUGGCGUCCGUGGUUUUCAGGUGCCGCGCAGUUCUAAUAUCAGAUAUGUUGGUGAUGAGAAACGCUAUAUAUUAAAGUCAUCUCAGCUGCACUCUGUGACGUUCAGAAGCUUGUCAAAUAACCAUAUUCCCGAAUCGGAGCAAUCUCCUCUUUUCCAUCAUAUCACUUUCGUGCCCUACCUUGUCUGUGCCAUCUUCUAUUCUCAACUCUUCUGGCCAAGAGGACUCGUUUCUAUUCUCAUUUUUUUUUGCUGCAAGCGCCAACAACCUAGUAUUCCGGGCCGCACCCGCUCGUUACCCGCCAAGAAAAAGCUGGAACAAAAAGAGAACGAUAGAAGAGCAACACUCAAUCUCUUCAAAUUUUGAGGUUGGUACGUAUAGCUGCUCAGAUUGGCCAGCACGAGAGCGCGGUGAAUUGACCACUCGCACUGAAUUCUAGGCUCGAUACAAGCUACCGUCAAGCCAACUCUUUGCACAAAAAC